AACUAUUACUAAGAAAAAUAUAAAAAAUGAUUUGAGCAUUUGAUUGGAACGCGCGCUCGCACCUCACUCCGCAUUUUCCCUCGUUUUCCAGGAUCUGUCCGCUCUUUCCUUUCCAUUUUCUCUUUUCCCAAACAGCCUCCUUAAAUCCAAAAAAAAAAAAACAUGAGUAACGACAACAAGGACGGUUUUACUAUGUCCGGUGUGGACGCGUCCCUCCCUGCUGCCGCUGCCGCUCUUAGUGCAGAGGAUCGCGCUGAUCUUGUUAAUGCUCUCAAGAAUAAACUUCAGAGUUUGGCUGGACAUCACUCAAAUGUUCUUGAAACUCUGUCUCAAAAUGUCAGGAAGCGUGUUGAGUUUCUGCAGGAGAUUCAGAGCCAACAUGAUGAGCUUUUGGCAAAGUUUAUUGAGGAAAGAAGGGCUUUAGAAGCUAAAUACGAGAAACUUUAUGAACCACUGUACACAAAGAGAUUUGAGAUUGUGAAUGGUGUGAAAGAAGUUAAGGGGAUUCCAAAUGAAGUCGGAACAAAUCAAGAAGGGGACAAAGCUACAGAAGAGAAAGGCGUUCCUGAUUUCUGGCUCACUGCAAUGAGAACUAAUGAAGUAGUGGGAGAGGAGAUUACAGAGCGCGAUGAAGGAGCUCUGAACUUUCUUAAAGAUAUUAAAUGGCAUAGGAUUGAUGACCCUGAGGGUUUUAAGCUGGAGUUUCAUUUUGAUCCUAAUCCCUACUUCAAAAAUCCUGUCCUGACAAAGGCGUACCACCUGAUUGAUGAUGAUGAUGAUCCAAUCUUGGAGAAAACAAUUGGGACGGAUAUCGAAUGGUUUCCUGGUAAAUGCUUGACAAAAAAGAUCCUGAAGAAGAAACCAAGAAAGGGAUCAAAGAAUGCCAAACCCAUCACAAAAACUGAGAAUUGUGCGAGUUUCUUUAAUUUCUUUAACACUCCUCAGAUACCUGAAGAGGAGGAUGACCUGGAUGAAGAUGCUGUUGAGGAAAUCCAUGAUAGAAUGGAGCAGGAUUACAAUGUUGGCACUACCAUUCGAAACAAAAUCAUUCCUCAUGCUGUGUCAUGGUUUACUGGAGAGGCUGUUGAAGGUGGUGAGUUAGAUGAAGAAGAUGACGAUGACGAUGAUGAUGACGAAGGCCUUGAUGAUGAAGAAGAUGAAGGAGAAGAUGAUGAGGAUGAUGAUGAAGUUAAAAAAGGCAGGAAGAAGAAGAGUGGAAGAGCAGUGAGUGGGAAAAAUCAGCAGGGUGAGCGUGCUCCUGAGUGCAAGCAACAGUAGUAUAGGUUCAGCUCAAAGUCUGAAUGGAGGCUGGGCAGGCAGCAUCAACAGUGGCCUAGUAUAUGAAAAUUUUGAGGCAUUGGCAUUGCUUCUCAUCAGCCAUGUAUAUAUCAGCAGUUAUAUCAUUUUUCUUCUCUCUUUUCUCCUCCUUUCAGGAUGUCUAGUUUGUCCGAGUCCUGGUAAUGGUAUUAAGGUUGCAAAAAGGUGUGGAUUUCAAUCGUAUAAAAAUUAUAGACAUCGGAAUGUAUUUCUUUUGAGUUGGUAUGCGAUCCGAUUUUUUUUAUCUGAA